AUGGUGUUAAAAACGCUAUUUAUUAUUGAACUAACUGAUACAGAAGAAGGCGGACUUGAACUUGUUGAUCCAUCAUGGUCUGCUGAACGUGAACAAGAGACCGAGACUACCACAUCGGAAUUUGAAAUGCAUCUCAGCGAUAUGCGUUCGGAGUUCAGCGAAUAUUCUGGCUCAAGGAAGAGCUUACUUUUUGGUCCAGAAGAAGGUGGACCACCACGAAAGAAGGUGAAAUCGCCACCAGCGAUUUCACCAACUGGAUCUUCCACUAGUAUUUAUUCGGGUGGAAGUAGCAGUAUUGACUGGAAUUGGAAACAUUUACGAAAAUAUUAUAGGAAAGCUCCUAGUGCUUAA